AUGAAUGCCAACAAGCAAAGACAGUAUAACCAGCUUGCACACGAGCUGAGAGAGCUCCAGACAAACCUGGAAGAAACGACAAAACAAUUAGAUAUUAUGUCAAAACAAUGCAAUGAGAAUCUUGUUGGCCAAUUGGGCAAGGUACAUGGAAGUUGGUUGAUCGGCAGUUAUAUUUAUUACAUGGAGCAAAUGCUUGGAAAAGCACAGUGA